CUUCUGCGCGCCCCGUAUCGCGCACACAACACAGCAGCGGCACCAACGUGCCCCCCGCAUCUCCACUUCGCUCCCGGCCACGCGGGCCACCCAAACUCCAAACCCCACACGUCAGUGACAGCAGCCGCAGAUCGCACCCGCCCUCCCUACCCGCCGCCCGAGCCAGCAACCGCCUCCCCCUCGCCGUGCCGGGGACUCCCCGCCGUGAGGUUUAUACCAAGUUUGCGAGUCAACUCGCGCCACCGCCACCGCCACCACGCGCGCGGAGACCUCUCCUCCCCAGGGCGGUGCCGACGUGGGGUGGUCUGGUCUCCGCACGGUUCCACUCCGGCGAGGCGGGCCGAUUUGGCGGGUCAAGGGAUGGGAGAUCUGGCGGCGGGCGGGAGAUGGUGAGCGCCAGCACUAGCCGGAGCGGCUCGGGUCGCGCCGCUCAGAGGGGCGGCGGCGGCGCCCUGCCCGGGAGCCCGAGGGUGUCCGCGGCGGCGGCGGCGCAGCGCAGGUGGUGGGGGGCCUCGGGCCCGUCGCUGGAGCGAGUCGCCCUCGCCUUCUCCGUCGCCUCCGUGGCGCUCGCGCUCUCCUGCGCGCUCUACCUCUACGUCCUCCGCUACCUGGGGCGGAGCCAGGCCGUGGCCGGGUUCGUCGGGGAGGACCUCGGGGCGUGCGACGUGUUCGACGGCAACUGGGUCCCCGACGCUACCUACCCGCUCUACAACAGCUCUGAGUGCCCCUUCGCGGAGAAGGGGUUCAACUGCCUGGCCAAUGGCAGGGAGGACACCGGCUACCUCAAAUGGCGGUGGAGGCCGCGCCGCUGCGACGUGCCGAGGUUCACCGCCAGCGCCGCGCUUGAGCGGCUCAGGGGGAAGCGUGUCGUCUUCGUCGGGGAUUCCAUGAGCCGCACACAGUGGGAGUCCUUCAUCUGCAUGCUCAUGCCCGGGGUGGAGGAUCCCAAGACCGUCUACGAGGUGAACGGGAACGAGAUCAGCAAGACCAUACGGUUCCUGGGUGUGAAGUUUGCGUCCUUCGACCUCACCGUGGAGUUCUUCCGGUCCGUGUUCCUUGUCGAGCAGCGCCCUGCGCCCAGGCAUGCGCCCAAGAGGGUCAAAUCGACUCUGAGGCUGGACAAGAUGGAUAAUAUCAGUCGGAAAUGGGUGAACGCCGAUGUUCUGAUUUUCAACACCGGCCACUGGUGGACUCCCACCAAAUUGUUUAAUACGGGUUGCUAUUUUCAGGCUGGACGUGCUCUCAAACUAGGUACAACCAUUGAUGCUGCUUUCAGGAUGGCACUGCAGACUUGGGCUUCUUGGGUGGAAAAAAGAGUUGAUCUAAACCGAACACAUGUGUUCUUCCGCACAUAUGAGCCAUCUCAUUGGAGUGACUUGAACCAAACGAUAUGUGAAGUUACAGAAAAGCCUUCACCUGAGGCAAAAGGAAAUGACAAGAGUGAGCUUGGGGAUAUACUUGGUGAUGUUGUGGCGAGCAUGAAUGUUCCAAUUACUGUUCUAAAUGUAACUUUGAUGGGUGCCUUCAGAACAGAUGCUCAUGUUGGCGCUUGGAGUUAUCCUCCCACUAUACUUGAUUGCAGUCACUGGUGUCUCCCUGGAGUUCCAGAUGCUUGGAAUGAACUAGUAUUUUCAUACCUUUUUACAAAUGGUUGGCGAAAGAUGGCAGGGUGACUGACUCUUUUUUCGUCUUUUGCCCCGUACGUACAUUCCCAUCUUCGGUUUUGUCAGCUAUAGAAGAGCAACACAUGCCCUGGAAAUAGCUCAGUAUGAUAGUUGGUUUAACUGGACCUCUGCAUUCUUUUCUCUCUUGUACAAGGUGAUGCAUUCAUUCCGAGGUGUAGAUUUUGUAUCGGUCCUUCAGACUGUCGAUGAAAAGAAAGCAUCACAUUUUGUGCAUGCUUCUUUCGAUUCAAUUUAUACGUUGUGAAAACAUGUGCUUCAGUCUGUAUGUACUAACAGCUCACAUCACACGUUGUAUAAAUAUAUAUAUAUAUGUUCUUUGUCA